GAGGGAGGGAGACGGAGAACGAUUGAGAGCAUGAUGUCAGCUGAGUUCAGAAAGUAAACAGUGGAGCAGUCUGCAGCAUGCUGUCUGCCGGCCGGGGAGUUUGCCUGGGGAGACCCCAGCGCGGGGGCACCCACACCAUCCCGUGGACCGGCACCCGUGGGUACAGGGGUCGGGGGCUGCCGUCCUUCGUCUCCAUCUUCACCUUUGUCCUCCUCCUCAUCCUCCCGCUCCAGGGCUCAGCCUGGCCUCACGACUACAGGUACGGUUUCUCCGACCACUGCCCUGGACCGGAGUGGAGCGUGAUGUGCCGCAACUGCUGCGAGUAUGACGUCAUCCGGUGUAAAUGUCCGCUGCAGGGCACCCGCGUGGGCUACGCCGUGCCGUGCUGCCGUAACGCCAUCAACGAGUGUGACCCCUGCAUCAUCCACCCAGGGUGCAGUAUCUUUGAGAACUGUAAGCGGUGCAACAACGGGACCUGGGGUCCCCGCGACGACUUCUUCAUCAGAGGGAAAUUCUGCGCCGAGUGCCGCCCUGGCUGGUCUGGGGGGGACUGCCUGCAGUGCGGGGGAGUGGUACGUAAACGACAAGGACAUCUGGUUCUGGAGAGCUACCCCAACAAUGCCCGCUGUGAGUGGACCGUGCAGGUGGACCGAGCCUUCACCAUCGACUUCAGGUUCAUGAUGUUGAGUCUAGAGUUUGACCACUCUUGUCGCUAUGACUACGUGGAGAUCCGAGACGGCGACAGCAUCAACUCGCAGGUCAUCGGUCGGUUCUGUGGGAACACCCGACCCGGGCUGAUCCAGAGCUCGGGGAACACGCUGCACGUCCUCUUCGUCUCCGACGGCUACAAGAACUUUGAUGGCUUCUUCGCCACGUUCCAGGAGAGUUCUGCUUGCAGCUCCUCUCCGUGUCUGCAUGAUGGGACUUGCGUGCUGGACACCUCCUACUCCUUCUACUGUGCCUGUCUGUCUGGCUACACGGGACGGAGGUGUGAAAACGUGGAGCAGUCCUGUUCCCUCCCGCCCAAGCCGGCCCACGGGGACCACUUCCUGGUGUACGGGCCCAACGACGUGCUGAUCGCCCUGCAGUACCUCUGCUACCGGCCUUACAAGCUGACUGGCGGCUCCCAGCGGACCUGUCUGCCCAACAACACCUGGAGCGGAACCCCGGCCCUCUGUAGCAGAGUGAACAACACACUGGAGGAACCAGGAAGACACAUGGAGACCAAUGUAGCCGUCAAAGUUACUGAAGGCCAGGCUAACACAACGGAGGCUACGAAGACAGAGGCUCAUACGACUGAGGCCAAUGCACCCGCGGCUAACACGCCGGAAGCUACAACGACGGAAGCUAAUACAAAUGAGGUUAAUACUACAGAGGUUAGCACCACCGAGGCUUAUACCACAGAGGUGAACGCAACGGAGUUGAACAAAGCUGAGGUUAAUACGACAGAGCUUACAACUACAGAAGUUAACACGAGAGAGGUUAAUACUACGGAGGCUGUCAACGGGCAUGAAGUCGAUGCAGAGCACCGAAACACGACGACGGGAGGCCAUGGAGAGCCGUCCGUCAUCAACACUCUGGACAUCCCUGACACAGAGGAGAGGAGAACGUUCUCACCAGACCCCCGCGGACGCGGUGACGCCCUGGAGGGCGACUGGACAGACAUCUUAAACAGCGUGGACACGGUGGAAACCAGAGACAACGACCCAGCGGCGGUCGGAGAGAAGGACGGACGCUCGAAGGAAACCACGGCCGGGAACGACGUGAUUGACGACACGAGGGGCGGGACAGCGGAGGUGACGGAGGUAGCGGUGGUCAGAGAUAAGGGGCGGGAGGAGGAGGAGGAGAGGAGGAAGGAGCAGGUGGAGGAGGACAGCAGCCCAGACAAGGUCAGCCCCAACGACAGCGAGAGGAAGAUAGCCCUGUCCGAGCGGGACAACGUCCUGGACGCAGCGUCGGAGGUCGCCCCGGAGGUUGUGCCGACAGCCAACCGGACGUGGACCGCCGACGGCAACGAGAUCGUGACAGUGAACAAGACAUGGGUUCCACCAGAGCCGGAGAUGGAGACCGUACCAAGCAGGAGCAACAGCUCCCGGUUCACUCCGUACAGAGCGGGGGACGGCGAAGGAGAGGAGACCCCUGGGAAAGCCACGACGGACGGCGCGAAAGAGAGCCGAAACGAAAAGACAGACGAAGACACAAAAGCAGGGAAGGAUGCUGCUGGGAAGGCGAGGGAGGACCUGGAGAAGGAGGUGAAAGAACAAGAGAGGCAGCAGAAGGAGAAGAAAAAGGAGGAGAAGGAGAAGAAGAAGGAGGAGGAGAAGGAGAAGAAAAAGGAGGAGGAGAAGGAGAAAGAUCUCAACGCCAGCAUUGACGGGGGGGUGUGCCGGGCUCCGCCCCGCCCACACCACGGCUCCCUCCGGCCCGUGCCAGGGCUGGUUCCAGCGACGGUGGAAUACUCCUGUAACCAUUCGUACGCACUCAGCGGUGAGGCCCGCCGAGCCUGCCAGCCCAACGGCACCUGGAGCGGCACGCAGCCGCUCUGCGUCCGAGCCUGCAGAGAACCAAAGGUAUCAGAGCUGGUCAGACAGAAAGUGCUGCCGCUGCAGAUUCCAUCCAGGAAGACCCCCAUCCACAAGCUCUACUCCAUGGGGCUGGGGCACCUGCUGCAGGCCGACGAGCCCCGGGGGGCUGUCCAGGCCCUGCCCCAGGGCUUCCACCACCUGUACGCUCAGAUAGAGUACCAGUGUGCCUCUCCCUACUACCACCACGCCGGCAGUUCACGCCGCACCUGCCUCAAGACCGGCAAGUGGAGCGGGCGUCAUGUCUCCUGCUCGCCAGUGUGUGGGAAGCAUUCGACCUUUGACCCCCAGAGGCCAGCAGAAGCCCACUGGCCUUGGCUGGCGGCCAUCUAUCGGCGCUCCACCAAGAAAGCCAACGCGUCCAAGGCGGCCUCAUUGAAGCCCCUGAAGAGCGGCGCCGGGUCGGUUCCGGGGGGCCAGGACGGGGGGUCCGACUGGCAGCUGGUGUGCAGUGGGGCCCUUGUGAACCAGCGCAGCGUGGUGGUGGCGGCCCACUGCGUGACCGAGCUGGGGAAGGCGUACCCCCUGGGGACCGCCAAGAUGAAAGUGGUGGUUGGCAAGCACUACCGCAACGACCUCAGGACCUCCAAGGGCCUGCAACACCUCAGGGUGGCCUCAGUCGCCGUGCACCCCAACUACGACCCCCUGAUCCUGGACUCGGACCUGGCCGUGCUCCGGCUGCUGGACAAGGCCCGGAUCGGGGAGCAGACCCUGCCUCUGUGCCUCCCGGACGCCCUGGUACCCCCCGUGGCGGGGGUCCCCCGGGAGGGCCUGGUCACGGGCUGGUCCCCGCUGCCCGACCCGUCCCUGGGGGUGGAGGAGCGGGCCCGGGUGGGGCUGGUGCGCCUGGCCGACGUGGUGCCCUGCGAGCAGCAGUACGCCCGCAACGGCGCCCCCGUCAGCGUCUCGGACAACAUGCUGUGCGCCAGCCACAAGCCCGACUACGGCGUGUCCAACAUCUGCCCCUCCGACACCGGCGGGAUCCUGGUCCUGCCCGGGGCCCCCACCUCCGGGGACCCAGCGGAGGGCCGGGACCCAGAGGAGGGCCAGGCCCCGUGGCGGCUGAUGGGCCUGGUGAGCUUCGGGUACGAGCAGGGGGAGUGUGACCCGGCACUCUACACUGUGUACACGCACGUGGCCCACUUCAAGGACUGGAUCGAGGGCCUCAUGAGAUAAACCUAUCGCCCUCCUGGCUGGCUCCCCUCCUCCUCCUUCUUCUCUAAAACGCUGGGCCUGUGCUCACCUUCACAAAACUCUCACUGUCUCUUUAGUGUCUCUUUCUCACUGUCUCUCUCUCACUGUGGCUUCACUGCCUCUCUCUCACUGUUUCUCUCAUACUGUCUCUUCACUGUCUCUCUCACUGGCUCCUCAGAGUCUCUCUCUCAGCGUCUCUCCACUUUCUCUCUCACACUGCUUGAAACGAGGAGGCGGUGUCUGCAUUAGUUCCAUCUGGAGCCGUGAUACUUCAACCGUCACUUGGACAGGCACCAAACGUUAGCGGAAGAAAGACUUGAGAAUCUGUCGAUCGGCUGCUGCUGGUCGACAAUGUACUGGCUGUUAUGUAUAUAGGAUGCACUGUAUUAUUCUUAACUCAUAGGAUUCAGAGAUGUACAUAUUGUAUUAAAGGAUAAGUCUUUGUGUUUAAUUAAAGGUGAUGCCGUUGUAAAGACUGUAAAGAAUCUGCCAUUAAUUAAGAUAAGGUUACGUCGAUAAUUGAGGAGGUAAUUUGGUGGUCAAACAUUUUCAUUAAAUGUAGGAUGGGGUCCGCUUGUGAGGCUUAUAAAUAGUACGCUAUUUACAUUACAUAUUAGUCACAAAACCCUGGCACGCCACCCUCAAUUAGCAUGAGCUAAAAUGACAUGUUAUCCAUGACAGAGAAAUGCAAUUACAAUACCCAUUAAAAGAAAAUCCCUCAGCAAAUGCAUUAUUUAAGAAUGAAUUGCUCUUCUGUGCGCAAAUUAAAUUCCUGGCUUGAA